GAGUUCCGGGUUGCGCGGCCAACCAGGAAAAGGUGUACCUUUGUAGAGCCACCCUCUUGCAGCCUUGAGCCUUAAGAAAAGAUGUGGAGUGGGCUGCUACCUCCUGGCCUAAAUGAAAGUGAUGUUGAGUUGAGUUCUGAAGAUGAAGACACAUUAGAGAACUCUGGACUGAACUUACAGGAAGAUAAAGAAGAUGGGACCAUUACAAACGCAGAGAUCUCAGACUUCCCUGCAGAUGGACCAAAAACUGAAGCAGAGGCAAAUACAAAUGCGUAUGAAGCGUGUCCUUCUGGAAUUCCCUUGCAUGUGUGGAAUAAAUUUCAAGAAUUGCAUAAAAAACACUCUGAACAGAAAAUUUCAACUUCAAGAUUCAGAAGGAAAAAGAGAAAACGCUCCAAAAAAGGUAAAUUGAAGAAUGAAGAAAAAUCUCAUAGUGAACAGUCCUCAAGUGAAGCCCAGUGGAAGGAACUUACCCAGUAUUUUGGAGUCAAUGACAGGUUUGAACCCCCUGUGAAAAAGAAAAAAAUUGAGAAGUCGGGCCUUGAAAAGAGCAUCGACCAGGCUGUGGAGGAGUGGAAUAUUGAGAAGGCUGAGGAACUCAGCAACCAGCUGGCCACCCGAGAGCUUGGUGUAAAAAUUGCCAAAGCCAUUGCCUGCCAUAACUUUGUAAAAGCCAAAAAGGAAGCUGAAAAUUCACAGGUUGCUCGAAAAAAGAAGAAACUUGCGUGGGGAUUUGAAGCAAAGAAGAGAUGGGAAACCAAAAGCAACAUGGGAUACAUGUAACUCGCCAAGGUCCUUCAAGACAUUGUGUCUUUUCUUGAGUUUUUACUUGAGUCUUCAAUUGCUCAAUCGACUGAAAUCCCUGCUUAUGUUAAAUACGUCAGAAAAUUGGUAGAAGUAGAAAAAUAAGCAUAAAAUUUGGGGGUUGAUUAUCAGUCUUUUUCUAAAGAGUAUUCUAUUGAAAGGAAUGAAAUGGAGUGUUCUGUUACUUGUACAGGGAAUCUAAGCGUACAUACAGGAAAAAAGGUCGGGGUUUAUUUAUUUACAGGACCUACAGUAUAAAAUCGAUUUUGCUUUUCAUCCAUCUGGUGUAGCAUAGCCAAUGAGCUCCUUGCGCGUUCUUAUCUGUACUCAGUGUAACGGCACGUACUCUGGAAUUGUGUUUUUUAAGAUUGGCGUUUGUUUAUAAUGGAUUGGUCAUAAAUGUAAGAAAGUCUCGACAUUGUUUUACAAAUGACUCUAUCUUAAUGUUUUAAACGUAAUUAUUGGUUCUUUAUUGGAUGCUGUAGAGUUGAUACCUGACAGUCACAUAAUAAAAGCAAUUGGUUAGCUUUAGUGUAACUUCAGAUAAAAUACUGCAAUAAAAAAUAAAAGGACAGAAUGUAGUGUUUGGAGGAUGAUUUAAAUUCAGCUCUGCCUGGAAAUGUCUUCCUAAAUAUCUCUCUGAACCAUGCCAUUCCUUAAAUUAUGAGAUGAUUCUUAGGAGAGAAAAUG